UUCCAGUCUUUCCUAUCCAAAUAAAUAAAUGGAAGUUAAAAUAAAUUCUUAAGUCACUUCAAGAAAUUAAAGAAUAUUGAAUUGUUGAUGAAGGUGCGAAUACCUUUUUUUUGUUACUUUCUCCUAUCUCAGAACCAGUGUCGUAGGGAAAAUAGUUUUCAAAUAUAUAGAUAAACUUAUAUUAUCCCUUUGGAUGAAGUAGAGGGUAGGAUAAGCUAGAGGAAUACAGAUAAUUUUUGACAUGCUUGAAAAUUUCAAUGAAGAUAAUUUUCAAAAAAACAUAAAAGAAAUUUUGAGAAUAUCAAAUGAAUACCGAGAUGGAUGGAAAUUACAUCAGAAAGAAGGAACUAAGUCAAUCUACAUUACAAAGAAAUGUAUAAUCACUUUAGGGGUAAAACAUGUUGAUAUGCCGAAUAUUACUGUAACUUUUGAAUAUCAUAUUGCAUAUCAUAAGAGUUAUUGUGUUCCUAUACUAGCCUUCAAUAUAUGGAAACCAGAUGGAACUAAAUUAACUUUAGAGGAAUUUUGGAAGUAUAAUUCUCAAUUUAAUACUGAUAGUAUGUAUGAUACCCUAACACAGUUAGACCAUCCAGUUUUACAGACACCUAUUUUGACUUUGCAUCCAUGUAGAACCCAUGAAGUUAUUCAGCCAUUUAUUGAACAUAGUAAAAAUCCUGUUGUUUCUUGGUUAACUACAAUAGGACAUUUCGUACACUUGGAGUUAUGCCAGGCAUACCUAAAACUUUGUUGAUUUAGAAAUACUCCUAUGAAUUAUAUUGUGAAGCCAACUUCAAUAAAAAACACAAAUAACAA